GGAGCUGUGUAGAAUUUUUUCAAAAAUAUGCAAUGAAACUGACAUCUGUUUGAUAAAAGUGAAUAUAGUUGAUCCAUUUGCCAAUCUAGAAACAUUACUGAGUAGAAUAUCCAGGGUGCAAUAAAUGCAAAAUGGCAGAAGUAACCAAAAAGCCGAAACAGGAAAGCCAGACCUGUUUCUUUUGCAAGACGGGGCCACUGGACAAGCUUGUGUAUAUAACUCACAUACUGGGCAAACGGCACCAGAAGAACCUCAAAAACAGGAACCAGCCCCCAGCUAAUGAUGUGGCACGCCGCACAGUUCACGUCUCAGGUUAUGAUGCAAACACCCAAAUUGAAACUAUCUUAGGGGCCUUUUGGAAGCACAGAGUGAGGAAUGUUAAUUGCCAGCAAGGGUUUACCUUUAUUGAGUUUGAUACUGUUGACAUAGCCCAGGAAGUGCUAAAACAGAAGUUUAGCAUAGGAAACAAACCUUUGAAAGUUAGUGCUAAACGUCAGAAUAAUUCAAGGAAUGAUGGUGCUGAGGCUCUUGUGCUUAGUCAAUUUUUAGAGAACAUGCUGAAGCAGAGAGUGCCUGCCAAUCAGAUUGACAACCAGAUUUAUUCCAUUAUCAGAGAGAUAGAGCUUAGGCCAGAGGACUACCAAUGCAGGGAAUAUCUGAGGAAAAGUAUGAUGGACUUUCUUGCACCACAUUUCCCAAAGGUGUUUGCCUAUGUCUUUGGAUCCUCUGCCAAUAACUUGGGCUUUGUUGGCUGUGACGUGGACCUCUACAUGGACCUGGGAGUAGAUCCAUGGGCGCAGGGAUCAAAAAGUGAGAUGGAUAGCAAAGCCAGUGAUUUGACAUGGUACUUAGCAAGAGAAAUUCGAAGAUCUCGACGGGGGAUAAACGUUCGUGCAGUUGCUCGGGCAAGAGUCCCAAUCGUCAAGUUUAUAGAUUCUGUAACAAGAUUGCAGGUUGAUCUCUCCUUCAAGCACGGCAUGCCUGUGUACAAUACUGCCCUCAUUUGCCAAUACACUCGCACCCAUUACCUUGUGCGGCCAUACCUCAUGAUCAUAAGAUACUGGGCAAAAAUUCAGGGAAUAACCGGGGGUGGACAACCAGCUACCCUGUUCACCAACUAUGCCUUUACGAUGCUCAUGCUUUUCGUCCUUAUGUCCCGGAGUGACCCAAUUGUGCCAUCAGUAGCCCACCUGAAGAGACUGUACCAAGGGGACAUGGCUGGUCAGUGCAUUGUAGGCGGCUGGGACUGUGGCUUUGGGCGGAAUGUUGUUGAAUGGAGUGAGAGAAGACACAACACAAGUAUCUUUGAACUCAUAACAGAAUUCUUUGAUUAUUAUGGAAAGUUUGAUGCAAAGAAAUGGAUGGUAUGCCCUCUAGCAGGAUUUUUGGUAGAAAGAUCAAGCAUAAAAGAAAGGAAUCUUAGGAAGUUGCCAUCUUGUAUGGACAUUUACUGUAGGCAGGAUAUAAACAUACAAGUAGAUACACCCAUUUGUGUUCAAGAUCCCUUUGAGCAUAGCCAUAACAUCACAAGAGGCCUUCGUGAUGGUCCACUGGCCGAGUUUCAGUUGAAGUGCAGAAGAGCGGCUGAGAUUUGCCGUGAUGUACUUAAAGGCAAAGAGUCUCUCGGAAAACUGCUUGAGCCGAUUGAAAUUUCCUCCGAAGAUUUGACGGAGAUUACAAUCACAGAUGAUGAGAGCCCUGAGGAGGUUGACCAAUCUCAAGAAGUUAUCACACUGGAUGAUUCUGAUGCAGACACUUCCCAAGACUCCAUUGAGAUAUUAGACAUUCCCAAGAAGAAUGGAGGAGAAAUUUCAGUGUCUCCUGUACCUGGGCCAAGCACCGCUGUUGGGACCGAAGCUAAGAAGGUAGUAGACUCUAGUGACAUUAUCAUUAUUAAUGAGGGAAGUUCAAACAAGAAAAGGAAUGAGGCCACAGCAAAUGGUGUACAAGAAAAGGAAAUGGAGUUAAAUGGCGUGAUAUCUCAAACCUCGGAAGAGUUGGAGCUGGUAAUGAACCAAACAGAGACUGGCCCAGAGCAAAAACUUUACAAAUAUCCCCUGGAUUUUACAAAUUGCACUAAGUUCACAGUUACUGCUGAUGGGGAAGUAUCUGGAGGUAAAGGAUCAAUGACUGGAGCAAAUGAUAUUGGACAAGCUGCUUCUAGUUUAAUUCAUUUUGUACUGAAGCAGUGUCUUAAGAUUGAUGUAUCGAUAGUUGAGGUCACUUCUUCCAGCAAGAAGAGAAAAUCCGAGAGUCCAGAAGAUGACUCUGAAUCUGGCAAGCGGAGGAAAGUUCGAGAUGGAGUCGGCGUGUCUGUUGCCAUGAAGUACCGCCGCGUGGCUCAAUACGACUGCACAUCAGAGUCCAAGCUGUGGAUUGGCCGGAAGAUGAUGUCCAAAAGAAUUCCUCAGGAGGUGAACAGCAACCCCUUGAAGCAUGAGAUGGCUAUCACAGCUGCGCAGAUCCAGGUCGGUGAUGUUAAAGCAGCUCCGAAGGCUGAGUUGCUGGAGUUCACACUCGGGGUUUGGCAGGAAUGUGAGAACCCUUGCAAAAUCUUAGUGACCGGGGAUUCAAGGUCCGAUGAGCGCAUCACCCGCAGCCAAAUGGCCAAUAUGUACGCUUACUUGAGCUCACUUUCACAGCAGCUGCUUAGAAGAGUUCAACAUUAUGUUAAUCUUCAAACAGAAAUAGUGCCAAGUGAAGGACUCCCUACUUAAAGCCUUUUUUGUUGUGUUUAUUCAGCAAGAUACAGUUAUGAGAUAAGGACAAUGAAAGAAGAUGAAGGCAAAUUAAUUUUUAAGUAAGUGUUUUGAUCUCUACAAGUCUCUCUUUUGUUUAUAUUCCAUUUUCAACUGUACAUUUAUGACUUCAAAUGUAGGGAAUAUGUUUAGCAGGAGAAAAGGUGAUUGUUCAAGCACAAUAAUUUUACUAUACCAGUCGAUUACUUCUUUAAUGAUUGUUUUAUUCUGAGUGAAGCUGUAUGUGAGCCUUUGAGGAUCUAGAAAUGUGAAUGGAUUAUGCUCGUUGUAUGUUUUUUUCUUGAAGUUUUCUUUUCAGAGUGUGUGCAAUGGAUAAAUGUUUAUAAUGAAGAUUUACUUGUCAGUGAUUUGUCUUGUGGUGAACUUUGAGAGUUGUAGAUGCAAAUAAAAAAAGAAAAAAAAGAUA